CUUUAAAGUCGUGCAGAGGGGAGCCUACAGAAAGGAGGGGGCUGCUGUGCGCCAGUUGGAGGUGUCCUCCUGUCGCUGCGGCUCGGGGUUGACAUUUAGAAGAGCGCGUCCAUGCUUCAGCGCGGAGAUGCGAUUUGAAGCCACUGAUACUCACAUUAAACUGGUUCCAGGCAGAUACUCAUCACACCGAGGAUACAUGGAUGGACAGAGAAGUAGUGUAAUCGGAAUUAACUUGUCAGCCAGUGCGAGGAAUUUCUGGAUAAAAUGGGGAAUACGACACCCAAGCCUUUAAUAGAUGCGACUCUGCAACCCCGCCCGGUGGCCAACAGGCAGUACUACACUCUGCCUAACAAUAGGGCAGGUGUGGAGAGGAGAACGUCCGCUGCUCCGGUCAGCAUCAGCGUGGAGUCCCCCCGCUUUCACCCCCACGCCAAGGGCAAGAACAUCAGGCUGGAUGGGCAGCUUCGCCGCGCCACACGCAAGAACAGCUUCUGUAAUGGCAUCACUUUCAUCCACAGGCCGGUCCACCUCUAUGAGAAGGUGCGUCUCCGCCUGAGUGGCGUGCACACCGGAUGGAGUGGGGCUUUACGCUUUGGUUUCACCAGUUUGGACCCUAGUGAAUUGGUCACUACAGACAUCCCCAAGUACGCUUGCCCAGACCUGGUGACUAGGCCCGGAUACUGGGCCAAAGCUUUGCCUGAGAGGCUGGCCCUGAAGGACAACGUGUUGUCAUUCUGGGCCGAUCGCCACGGGAGAGUUUUCUACAGCAUCAACGAUGGAGAGCCCAUCCUCUUCCACUGUGGGCUCAGCAUCGGCUGUCCCCUCUGGGCCAUCAUAGAUAUCUAUGGCCUCACCCAGGAGGUCACACUGCUUGAAAGCGCGUUUGCUGAGAGUGUGGCGUCCAGCUGCCUGAGUGCGGCCCGUCUGAGUGCCUAUCUGCCCCAGAGUAGCCACGACUCGGCAAAUUACAACAACAACCAACUGGAGAACAACCAGGCUGCUGCUGCCAAGAUGGCCACCCUCCAGCUCAAUAACUACAACCAGCUCAUCCCCUGCUGCUCCUCCACCAUUUCCUCCUCCACACCAUCUUCCUCGGCCUCCACUGGGUUCGGCCCCCCGAGGUUGGCCCGGGGCCUUCCCUCCCCGCUGGACAAUGACUUGCACUUUCACCCAGUCCGUGGCCCCGAUGUGAUUCUCUCCGCAGACCGCUCGGCAGCCUGCAUCCACUUUCUGGACAGCAGUCGGACUCUGGUGUUCAGUGACCGGCCGCUGCAUAUGGGGGAGACUUUGUACGUGGAAGUGGGCCACCUGGGCCUGCCCUACUUUGGGGCGCUGUUGUUUGGCGUAACAUCAUGUGACCCCGCAAGUCUGCACGCAGGGGACCUACCAGCGGACCCUGAGGUUCUCCUGGACCGUAAAGAGUAUUGGGUGGUGCACCGGGGCUUCCCCAUGCCUUGCUCUGGAGACGUGCUCAGCUUCAGUCUGCUGCCCAGUGGAGAGGUGCAUCAUGGGGUAAAUGGAGUGGCACGUGGCAGGCUGCUCUGUGUGGACUCCUCUCAGGUCCUGUGGGCCUUUUUCACCUUGCAUGGGGCCGUCAACAGACUCAGGAUACUAGGAACUCUGCAGUCCAGUCCUCCCUCCACAUCCACCAGCAGUUCUCAGAGCAGCAGUCCAGACGACAGUGACUCAGACCUGGCGUUCAGCGUCAACAGAUCCUCCUCCGCCUCUGAAUCCUCUCUGGUGACUGCUCCCAGCUCUCCUCUCAGCCCUCCGGUCUCUCCCACUCUCAGCGCCUUUGAACUGCCCCCUGCUGGGAAGAGCGGAGAGUGCACCGUUUGCUUCGACCAGGAUGUGGACACGGUCAUCUACACCUGCGGACACAUGUGUCUGUGCAGCGACUGUGGGCUGAAGCUGAAGAGACAGAUCAAUGCGUGCUGUCCGAUAUGCAGGAGGCCCAUCAAAGACGUAAUCAAAACAUAUCGACCAUGAUGUUCCAGAUGUGUAAACAGGGGCUGUGACUGAUGGAUGCCACCUGUGUUCUCAGGCUUUGUUGGACAUGAAUCUUGACCGCAAUCGGAGAAAAGCCAGGACAUAACCGUGCCUAUAUUUCCAUUUUAUAUGGGUGAAUCGUUUUUGGAGAUAGACUUUCAUCUUCAUACUCAAAACUGUAAUGGAGUUCAUCUUAAUACAAAGACUGCUUCAUGAGCUCCUAUGUUUUGACUCAGAAACAAGAGAUGUGCUUUUGUUUUGUAUUUUCAAUGUGAUGUCUCUUGCGUUAUUUGCUGAGCAGAAAAGCCUGCUGUGAAUAUUUUGUCCUUACCCUCGUCAUACUUUCAGAAUAGCGUGCUUCAGCAGAAUAUGUGGACUUCUAGUGCCUUAGAUGUUUGUCACAUUUUGUGUCCGAGUAUAUACGCUAACAAUCGUAGCCAUAGUUUUAAUGUUCAGUGAUGUGGUAAAAGAAGGUUAUGCAAUAAGCAGUGUAAAAGUAAGUGGACGGAUGGAACCGGAUGGUAAGUGUGUUCAGUGCUUUCGGAAAGGUAUGUUUGGUAUACAAAAUGAAGAAUCUGGUUUUGCACUUUGAGAGUCAAUAAAGUGGACUUGGUGUGAUUCCAAUUAUUAAUAGUUUCAAUAAGACGACUUAUUUUUUCAUGUCAAUCACUAUUAUGUGGUUCUUAUAGAUACACUGCUGAUCAAACAGGUCAACAGUGUGUGAGUUGAAGGUUUUUUUGUGUGAGAUCUUUAUAGCUCUGGGUAUAGGGGCACCUUUUAGUACAGUGAGUUUUUUGAUAAGAGAAAGCAUUAAUGAUACUACUUGAGUUGUUUUUUUUAAUACAUUUUGAAUCAGAUAUUUUUCUUGAUUGCAUUCUGAUAGAAUAUCUGAAACAAUAAUCCUUGCUAAAACAAGUUUGAUGACAAACUCUGAUGGAAUUUUACUGACCUUGGUUGUUUCCACGGUCAAGAUAAAAGAGUCAUGGAAGUCAUGGCAUAAUUCCAUAUUAGAAGAUAAAACCUUUAGCACAGAUAGUAAAUUGACCUUGAGGUGAGAACGUUUUUAAUAGAUAUUCUCUAUUUGAUUUGUAUUUGUCAACAGUUAUAGACUUUUCUUAUCGGCAUAAACAAUAUACACACUGAGUUAGGCUUGAAAGCUUUUUCAUAUAGCAACCAUUUUGACUUUUCAUCGCAGGAAAUGCACAGGCAAAACAUAUUUAGGAAAUGAAAAGGAAGUGCAUAUUGGACUUAACAUUUAUCAGAUGACUAGAUGGGGUGCUAAAGUUUAGUGGCUGUGUAAGUAGUAAUUUUUAAUAAGGUGUUAGCCAUAAGCUACCCACGUCAGGGGGAGGUUUCUUCUUAAAAUGUUGUAAUUAACAGUUGAUUUACAUAAAAAAACCACAGAGCCGCAUGUGUUUGCUCUUGUGUUAACUGUUAAGGGCACUAAGGUUAACUGUAGGUUAAUUUACUGCUAGUUCUACUAACAUAAAUAAUAAUAAAGAAGGGUAAAUUGUGAAA